AUGCACAACCACCACCGUCUCGAUUCCGAUUCCGAUUUCAGCUCCCUCCUCUCUGAUCAGCUUCUCCUCUGCGUCUUCUCCAAGCUUCCCAUUUCUCACCACCUCGCCACUUCACUUGUCUGCAAGCGUUGGUUGUAUCUUCACGGCCGCUUGGUUCGAUCUCUUAAUCUCCUCGACUGGCACUUUCUCGAGUCUGGUCGGCUUUUCGCACGCUUCCCUCAUCUCACCGAAAUCGAUAUCGCCCGGUCAUGUAUCCGCCUCACGCCAAACUCCGGUGUCUUGGUCACCUUCAAUCCCUUCUUCUCUCUUCCCAUCAGUAGCACCGACGAUGACUUGUCGAAGAUUGAACUGUCGUUUCCACCUGAUAGGCUUGAUCAAGGGCUCCAAUUGAUGGCCCAAAAGUAUCCCAAUUUGAGGAGAGUUGCUGCGUUUGGUGCCAGCGAGUAUGGGCUGGCGAGCGUAGGCGACGCGCUGCAGGAGCUGGAGCUCCAUUGCUGCGGAGAUAUGUCCUUAAAGGGGGUUUCUGGAUGUGUAAACCUGCAGGCAAUGAAACUGAGUGCAAGGAUGGAUGGUUUUUAUGCGUGCGUGGUGUCCGACAUCGGGUUAACCAUUCUAGCACAAGGUUGCAAGAGACUACUGAAGCUCCAGCUAUGUGGUUGUGAAGGAAGCUAUGACGGGAUCAAAGCAAUUGGGCAGUGCUGCCAAAUGCUCGAGGAACUGACUCUGCAAGACCAUAGGAUGGAUGGUGGGUGGUUGGCUGCUCUGUCUUUUUGUGCAAAUUUGAAGACUUUGAGGUUUCGGUCUUGCAAGGCUAUCGAUUCCAGCCCUGGACUCGAUGAGCAUCUCGGAGUCUGUCCUAUGCUCCAGGUGUUGCACUUAGAACGGUGUCAGCUGAGGGAUAAGAAGAGCACCAAGUCUUUGUUUCUGGUUUGUGAGAAUGUUGGGGAUAUUUUGCUGCGUAACUGCUGGGGUUUCCAAGAUGAUUUGUUUGCCUUAGCCUCAAUCUGUAGGAGGGUGAAGCUACUCUAUCUUGAACAUUGCUCAUUGCUGACGACAGGAGGUCUGGAAUCAGUACUUCUCUCAUGGAAGGGUCUUCAAAGACUAAUGGUAGUUUCGUGUAGUAAUAUAAAAGACAACCAAGUAACUCCAGAACUUGCUUCCCUCUUCUCUGUGCUGAAAGAGCUCAAGUGGAGACCGGAUACAAGAUCUUUGCUGUCAUCAGAUCUCGAUGGCAUCGGAAUGUGGAGAAAAGGCGGUAAAUUUUUCACUAGGUUAAAGGGUUGA